CUGCUCGCAGUGUCGCUAGCGAGAACGUUAGCUCGGUUGUCUUAUUGUACCAACCUGUCCGUCCGACUUUUGCUGCAAAGACUGCACCGAUUUUAUUUUAAAUCGCACAUUUAAAAGGUGGUAGAAGACACAACGAUGUAGUCGUCUACAGGUUGUUUUAGCUUCUCUCUUUGUGUUCAUUUUGUGCGAGUGUGUUCUGUUAUGUUUAAGGUUAAUUUCUGUAUCCAUCGCCGCACCCAUCGUAUUCAUUUUUUAUUUAGGGCUAGCAAGCUAACGGAUGAUUGAAGCUAAUGUUGGGGUUCAGCCUGUCAUCAAGUGCAACGAUAUUUAAAUUAUAAAAAAAAAAAAAAAAAAAACCCAAAUAGGAGUUCGCGAUUGUUUCCUUUUAUUAUAUAUAAGGACUUUUGUCAUGUUCACUUUCAUCUUCACCAUUUUGUAGUAGCUAUAGUAAUCCAACUGACGCACGGUAGUCAUCAUGACAGGUGAUAAGAUACGCACCAUGCGGAAGGAUCAUAAUAAAGCAAAUAAAAAUGAGGCGAUAAUGGACACCUACGAUGAGACCUCCAACGGGACGGUUCCUAAUGGUAAUAAUAACCUCUUCAAGUCUAACAAGGCUUUUCAGAAAUCUGUCAAAUCCUCGGCACUGCAACAGCAGCAGCAGCUGAAUGCGAACAACAUAAACGGCAACGCAUCAGUUGUGGAUGAUGACAACAAAAACCCAAUAAUCCUGACAAGUGAGGAGCUGGAGUUUCCAGUUCAUGAGUGUGUGUUCAAAGGGGAUGUCCGUCGACUCUCCUCUCUCAUCAGGACCCACAGCAUCUCUCAAAAAGACGUGCAUGGGAACACACCUCUUCACCUUGCUGUAAUGCUGGGCCACAAAGAGUGUGCUCUUCUCCUGCUGGCUCACAAUGCCCCCGUCAAGAUCAAGAACGCACAGGGGUGGAGUCCGCUCGCAGAAGCCAUCAGCUACGGCGAUCGGCAGAUGAUUACGGCRAUACUGAGGAAGUUAAAGCAGCAGUCGAGAGAGAAUGUGGAGGAAAAGAGGCCGAAAUUACUGAAAGCUCUCAGGGAGCUUGGUGACUUUUACCUCGAGGUUCAUUGGGACUUUCAGAGCUGGGUGCCGUUGCUGUCCAGGAUGCUGCCGUCUGAUGCUUGCAAAAUCUACAAGCAGGGUAUUAAUAUCAGACUCGACACUACGCUCAUCGACUUCAACGACAUGAAGUGUCAACGCGGAGAUCUGAGCUUCAUUUUUAACGGUGACGCCUCGCCUUCCCAGUCCUUUGUGGUUCUGGACAACGAAGCCAAAGUGUACCAAAGAAUACACCACGAGGAAUCGGAGAUGGAGACCGAAGAGGAAGUGGACAUUCUGAUGAGCAGCGACGUCUACUCCGCAACUCUGUCGACAAAGUCAAUAACUUUCUCUCGGAGUCAGAUUGGCUGGCUCUUCAGAGAGGAUAAAACGGAAAGGGUUGGAAACUUCCUGGCCGACUUCUACGCCGUCAACGGUCUGGUGCUGGAGUCGAGGAAACGGCGGGAGCAUUUAAGCGAAGAAGACAUCAUGAGGAAUAAAGCCAUCAUGGAGAGUUUGAGCAAGGGAGCAUCCGCCGGCAGAAAAUUUAGGCCUGCGAGGAGGCAGUCGCUCACAGCGCCGGCCCCCAACACCAUUUCUUGGGAAGAGUACAUAACGGCAGAGCAUGGAAAGCCGCCUCACCUCGGCCGAGAGCUCGUGUGCAAGGAAAGCAAGAAGAACUUCAAAGCUACAGUAGCCAUGAGCCAGGAUUUUCCUCUAGGCAUCGAGUCGUUACUAAACGUGUUGGAAGUCAUUGCUCCAUUCAAGCACUUCAACAAACUCCGAGAGUUUGUUCAGAUGAAACUUCCUCCGGGGUUUCCAGUCAAACUCGACAUCCCCGUCUUCCCGACGAUCACAGCGACUGUCACCUUUCAGGAGUUCCGCUACGACGAGUUUGACGACUCUAUUUUCUUCAUCCCUGCCGAAUACAAGGAAGAUCCAAGCCGCUUUCCGGACCUCUGACCUGUCAACGCGUCCUGCUUGGGAGAGUGAGAGCAGAACAGAGGACGCUGGUCUGACUCUGAAUCCAUAUUAACUAUUUAUUACUAUAAAAAAAAAAAAAACAAAGGGAAGAAAAUGGGA